AAAUAAUUAUUAAUAAUUUAUUAUUCUCUCUUCUCUAUUCUUCUUCUUCUUCUAAUAAUAAAAGGCUUAAGUUUUCCAGGCGAUCAAGCAAACCAAAGAAACACAGACACAGAGAACCAUUAUUCCCUCUUGAAAACGACGUCAUCUUUCAGGCAUGUCUUACGACUAUCUCUUCAAGUACAUAAUCAUCGGCGACACAGGGGUAGGGAAAUCAUGCCUGCUCUUGCAAUUCACUGACAAGAGGUUCCAGCCGGUGCAUGAUCUCACCAUUGGUGUCGAGUUUGGUGCUCGGAUGGUCACCAUUGAUGGCCGUCCCAUCAAGCUCCAGAUUUGGGACACCGCUGGGCAAGAAUCGUUCAGAUCCAUCACCAGAUCUUACUACAGAGGAGCAGCUGGAGCACUUCUGGUUUAUGACAUAACCAGGAGAGAGACGUUUAACCAUUUGGCAAACUGGCUUGAGGAUGCGCGGCAGCAUGCAAAUCCCAACAUGACAAUCAUGCUUAUAGGCAAUAAGUGUGAUCUUGCCCAUCGGAGGGUUGUCAGCAAGGAGGAAGGGGAACAAUUUGCGAAGGAAAAUGGGCUUUUAUUCUUGGAGGCAUCUGCUAGAACUGCUCAAAAUGUUGAGGAGGCCUUUAUUAAGACUGCUGCAAAGAUCCUUCAAAACAUUCAGGAAGGCGUGUUUGAUGUAUCCAAUGAGUCAUCUGGCAUCAAGGUUGGUUAUGGACGCCCUCAAGGUCCGCCAGGUGCCAGAGAUGGAACAGUUGCUCAGAGAGGCGGAUGUUGCAGCUAAAAUAAUCACCCCUGUUAUUUUGUGCAACUUUAUGUUUAUCUUCAUCCAUGCUUUGAACAUACUAUAUCAAGUGCAUGUGACUUGUGGAAAAACAUUGAAUGUAUAGUUCCAAAGUUCUCGUGGAUAAAUGAUUUUACAGUUAGCGUGUCGUAUUUUACUUCCAGUUGGACUUGGUCAUGGCAUCAGGACAAACUUUAGUCUAAAAUUACGGUUUUAUUUUUUAUUUUUUAUUUUUUA